UCGGGGUGGAGAUCUGAAUGGCUUUGAAUCGGUGGCCGCUCCUGGUCCUGGGGACUGCUGCCCUGGUCCUUUCGGGAGGUUGCUCUGGUGACCGCUGCAAAGAUGGCGGAGAUGAACGCCUAUGUAGCCAUCCCUGCUCCGGGGAUAAAUUCUCAUGCAAGAACAGUCUCUGCAUCUUCAAAAAUUGGUCCUGUGAUGGAGAGAAUGACUGUGGGGACGGCAGCGACGAAGCCAACUGCGCUUGCACCAGCCACCCGUUCACGUGCAACAACGGACGCUGCAUUGACUCAGAUUUGAUCUGUGACGGGAAUGAAGACUGUGGGGACGGCAGCGAUGAAGCCAACUGUGCUUGCACCAGCCACCAGUUCAAGUGCAAGAGCGGGCGCUGCAUUGACCCAGAGUUGGUCUGUGAUGGGGAUGAUGACUGUCUGGACGACAGCGAUGAGAGCGAAAAUCUCUGCGCUAUUCAGGGCUCUGCCACCCACUCCCUCUUCUAUUUCAUCACAGUGGGGACAGAGCUCAGCCAGGGGGUGCCCCUAUUCAUGGAAGAAGGCUACGUGGACGACCAGCCCAUCGAAUACUUUGACAUACAAACAGGGAGGAUCCUUCCUCGGGUACCGUGGAUGAAGGAGAACCUGCGUCAUCAGUACUGGGAGACGCUGGUCCGGGAUAUGAGGAGAAACGUGACGGAGUUUACAUACAUUCUCUUGAUGAUGCAGAAGCGCUUCAGUGGGCCUGGAAGGUUGCACACCCUACAGUGCAUCCAGGGCUGUGAGCUGAGCGAAGAUCAGACCAAAAGAAGAUAUUAUCACCUGGAAGCCCAUAAUGGGAGGGAAGUGAAGACCCUGGACAAAGACAGCCCUUCCAGGAAGAGAAGGAGAGACGAGCUCCUCUGUCAGCUUCUUAAAGAGCGCAUCCUGCCCAUAAGGGAAUGCAUUAAAGCACUGAAGAGAUUCAUGGACUAUAGGAGCAGAGCUGUGCAGAGAAAAGAACCCCCUACAGUGGAGGUGACAUACAAGAAGGACCUGGAAGCCCUUGUCUGCCGGGUCUACGGCUUCUACCCUAAGAAGAUCAGCGCUACCUGGUGGAAGAAUGGGGCACUUUGGGAGCAGGAGACUCUCCGCAGGGGUGUCGUCCCCAACUCAGAUGGGACCUACCAUGCCUGGCUCACCAUCCAGAUUGAGCCUAAAGACAAGAGACGCUACCGAUGUCAUGUGGAACAUGCUGCCGUGUGGGGGCCACUAGUUGUGGUCUUGGAACAGCCUGAGCCCCCAGAAGUGAAGGUGACGCGCAAGCUGCGCACUAACCAACUGGAGACCCUCACAUGCCAGAUCUACGGCUUCUACCCCAAGGAGAUCAACGCCACCUGGAAGAAAGAUGGGGAGGUCUGGAAACAAAACACGCUCCGUGGCAAUGUCACUCUCAACUCAGAAGAGACCUACCAGACGUGGCUCAGCAUCGAGAUCAAUCCCGAGGACAGGGAAUGCUACCGGUGCCGCGUGGAACAUGCUGGCCUCCUGGAACCUCUUGAUGUAGCCUGGCAGGAGCCUGACUCAGCGUGGCCCAUUGUGGGGGGUGUCUUGGGGGCUGUGGCUGCCCUUCUGGUUCUGGCUGGGAUCCUUUGGUAUAUCAAGAAGCCGCGAAACCCUCGUGAAGCAUCAUCAAAGAAGAAUAGCGGCGACUUCAGAGCAACCUACAAAGCAGCAUCCAGCGAGUGACCUUUUCCUGCCCCUAUGAAAUGGUACCUCCAUAAGGGUGGGGGUCUGGGCAUUAGGGAGAUUCUGAACCGAUGGAGAGGCUGUGGACACCCACACAGCUCCCUUUGCAUUAAGUGAUCUGAUUCUAUAGCCAGACCGUUCCAUUUGUUUGUGAACUGGGGGGGGAGAUUCAUCUGGCCCAAAAAAGCCAGCAGGGUUGUGGACCAGCACUCUUGACCAGCCCAUAAAGCAAGUGCUGGUUUGAAGGCUGCCAUGGGUCUGGGAGGGGCACUGGAAGGAACAGUGCCUGGAAAUCUUCUUCCACUUCUGAUGGAACCUACGCCCAUCAGCCAAACCUCUCCAAGCCCUGCCAGAAAGGAAACACCAAACCAGGUGUCUCAGAUGCACUUCUGCAGUCUGGUCCAGAUGAUUUCCCACCCAACUUAUUGUCUUGGUCAGCCAUUGUUUUGUUUUAUGUACAGAGGCAAAGAGGUCUCACCAGAGACAGAUGGAGUGAAGGUGGGUACCCCCAUCUCCCUCCAUUCAUCAACUCCCCUUUUUUCCUCUCCUUUCCUUUCCUCUCCUUUCCUCUCCCUCUCCUUUCCUUUCUGCCUCCAACCUCAAAAGCAAGUGUAAGGGAAUCCCAUUCGGGAGGCUGGAAUUCUGGCUCUUCCCUGAGCCUGAGGGCAAAGAGAAAGAGACCUCUCAGUGCCCAAAGUCCUGUGGGGAGAAUGCACAAGACCUUCCUCUAGAUCCUGCCCUCUGCCCUCCCAGUUCAAAGAGGGUGCAGACCCCCUUCCUCAUCCUUGCUUGGACCUCACCAGACCCUCCUUUCCUCCCUGCCAAAGGUCAGCUCUGGCGCUUGUCAGGCUUGUCUCAAUAACUCCCAGCCAUGUAUGGGAUGAACCAUGCUUGCACUGGGAACACUGAAACCACGGAAGCCACCUGGAGAUGCCAUCACAGGAGGUUUUUCUGAGACCUUCCCAAUACCCACGGCAAGCACAGGAAGGGGCACCCACAGCCCCAUGAGAACCUUCUAGAAGGA